UCAAAAUGGCGGAUGCUGUGAAAAAUUUUAUUCGCAAAGGCAAAGCCUCAGUCAGCACAAAAUACUCUCCCCUUGCCCAGCAAGAUGCCAGCGAAGAUGAAGAAGAUGAGGAUGACAUCUUGUAUAUCCACGAUGGCCUACGAGACAAUGGCUUCACAAGUAUUAAUAUGCCACAGACCAAUGGUCAGCGUGACAGUAUCGAAUUAAGAAAUCUCGGGGCACGACCACUGAGAUCAGACCUGGAUACGAUUCAAAAAAAGCCUUGGACGCCAAGGAGAAAACUAAUUUUUGUGUUAUCUGUGAUAAUCUGUGUGUUUGUGACUCUGAUUUGUGUCUUUGCCAUUCCAUGGAACAAUCUGUGCUGUUCGCAUGGUUCACUGAACUUAUCUAGUGAACAACUCUUCAACUCCACUGUCCUGAACUCGACAGAUUUUACUCCUAGUAUUACAGUGGAGCCAAGCACUGCAUCACCGGUGAUAAACGACCAACAAGUGACUCCAUCCAAAAAACCAGGGAAGCCGCAUUCUACUCAUAAAAGAACUGAUCAAUGGACAUUUUCAAGAAAGGGUUUUGCGUCUGAGUCCUGUGUUCGCCUCAUUGAUGUUGAUGAGGAUGGAAAAGAUGACGUCGUCAUCAGUACUGGUAUGGGUAUAGAUUAUCAUCUAGUCGCGACCAUAAAAGAUCCUAUAAAAAUAUGUGAAGUUUUAGGUCUCGAGGCCCCUUGCCUCGGCCAAGUCAUUGCCUUGCGAGGAAGCGAUGGCCAGGUGUUAUGGAACAUCAGCGUUACUGCUGAGAUAUUUCUGUUUAAUUGUGAGGGUAUUGACAUCAACAAGGACGGAAUGAAGGAUUGCAUAGGCGGUGGCAGAAUGGGAUCAUUGGUGGCUUUCAACCCCAAAAAUGGCGAUGUGUUCUGGACAGAGCAUGCUCUAAAAGGUAUGCUGAACCGGGCUUGGAACAUCUACCAACCACUUGUCCUCAACAAAGACUUGGAUGGGGAUGGAGUAAGGGAGGUGGUGAUAGCCCAUGGUGGAGAGCCGUCUUUCCUUCCUCAGGAGUGGUUGAACCAUCGGAAUGACAUUCCAUUACCGGUCCAUGAUCGGAACCCAGGGCGUCUGAUCCUGUUAUCCGGGGCAACAGGUGAACCAAUUGGCCGAUACCUGGAUAUGCCGAAUCGUAAAGAAACCUACAUGUCCCCGGUCCUUCAUGUCAAUGCUGAUACCGGGUAUGUCUUGUUUGGUAGCGGAGGAGAAACUGUUGAAGGCGCUUUCAUGGCUAUCUCUGUGAACAACCUCUACAACUACGCGAUGCAAAAAGAAGUCGACAAGACCGGAUGGGGUCGGUUUGCACUUGAUAGCAAUGGCAUCAUUGAAAUACACAAGACCAAGACAAAGGGUGUGAUGGUACCACCUCUUCUUGUUGACAUGAACAAGGAUGGCAUCCUUGAUAUACUCAUGGUGACUUUUGAUGGCACUUACAUUCUCUAUAAUGGCAAGAACCUGGAGAUAAUGUGGCAAAGAGAGAUCAAGGACACCGAAACUUACAGCACCGCAGCGCCUGGAUAUUUCAAUGAUGACGACACCCUAGACUUUAUGAUACACUGCUCUCCUGGAUCUUGGCCAUACUACGAUUACUCAGUGUCAUUGAUCCUCGAUGGUCGAAGUGGCUCCAUACUCUGGCAGAUGUCCUCUGGUCAUUAUGAUAUGACCUCGGAUCUUGUCCUCAGGACUAAGGAGCAGAACCGUGAUGCAUUUGUGUUUAGAGUCCAAGGAAGGGAAGGACCAAACUAUGAGAAUCCUGCUGGAGUGUUCCAUGAUGUGAUUGCGCAGAGACCGAUAAGUAGUGGCAGAAAAAGACGUGAAACGCAUCCUGAUUCAAAGAAUCCUUUUGGUUUUGCCGGAAUUCAUGCUCAAGCAGGAAAUCAGAGAUCCCAAGUUCCUUUGAAUAUCAAAGAAGGGGGUCAUUCAGAUAAUCGACAGGAUGCCGAAAAUCCUUACGGAAAUUAUUAUGGAGACUCUGGACAAAGUCAGCCAAGACAACCCGGAGGAUACCAAGGCACACAAGGGCAGGUACCUGCAGCCCAUCGACCUCAGCCUAGUGGCUCUGGACAGUAUGGCAGUCAGCCAAACUACAAUUUGAAUGGACAGAGGAACCAGCCUUAUAACUCUUACAUGCAACCUUCUGGAUCUCAACGAGGACCACAAAUCAGACUUCCGACUCUUACGGAGGGAAGGCAAUCUCAGGCGGGACAAAAUAUUCCCAAUUUAUCUGAGGGCAGACAGCAGUAUAUCCAACAGUCUGGAUCUCACCAGGGACCACAGGUCAGAUAUCCCAGUCUUACGGAGGGUAAACAGUUGCAAGGUCGACAGAAUGUCCCAAAUCUAUCUGAGGGUGGACACCAAUCUCCUCCACAAUUGAAUAUUCCUAACCAAGGCUAUGCUUCAAAUCAGCAGCAAUAUCCGGUCCAGCAAGGCACAAAUAUGGCUCGGAAUAAUCCGAUCAGUCACGGAAUUGUGGAAGGUGGCCAUGGCAACCAAGAGACACAAGCAAAGGAUUCUCAGUUGGAAGAUUUACAGAAACUGGUCAAUGAAGUACAGGAUGGCCAACCAAUCCCUGUGUUUGAUGAACAAAAAAUCGAAGAAGAGGAACAAGAAAGAAAACACAAGGCAGAAAUGGAGUGUCAGCGUAACAAGCUAUCGUAUCGGGUUGAGGUAUUCGUUAUGGAUAGAACUACAAUGAGAAGUCCGUUGAUUAUAGAUUCGAUGGACAUGUAUACUUACACAUACAAUUUGACUAAGGAUGAUAUGAUGUUAUACACCAGUGACCUGGGUCUAACACCUUCUGAUCUUGAAAUGGAGAGAAAGAAUUUCAACUAUGGUCCAUUCUGUUCCCUUAUACGCCCCAAAGAGAUAACUACCGGUGCCAUUGGUGAUGUUGAUGGAGAUGGUUUGCCGGACUUGGUAUUACUGGUUGUGUAUCAAGGCUUCCUCCAUGCUGAAGACGGCAGCAACAUUCGGAUGGUUCAGGACAUAAAAGUUUAUAAGAUCAAUUUGGAAGAGACGAUACGCCUUACUCAUCACAAGAGCAUCAACGCAACCAUAAGUGCUUUGAUGCCUAGUCAGUCAAAUGAAAAGUCAUUGCAAUCUUUACAAUUUUUACCUGUAACUGAACAGCCUUGGACUUCAUACAUGGGAGCUCGUGGUAAUGGGGCCUAUCACCCUUAAAGGGAGACGCUAGGUAGGAGCUAGGGGGUCUUACUGUGAGUCUUCAUGAGGUGACUCAUACACGGUUGAGUAAUGGAUGUGGUUAGGUUUGAGUUUGUGAUAGAAGUGUUCCCUUCACAUGUAAGUGUGAAGAUUACGGAUUGCGAUCAGAGAGUAAAGACACCUAUUUGCCAAUUCCUGUAACAUAAUCUAGCCCACCAGGCCCCUGUCUAUAGUUUCCCUUUAAAAUGACUAUAUUUCUCAAACCAAGGAUGGUGUCAUUUGAUGGGUCUUUUCCCAAAUGAUACCUCGUAUAUUUAUACAUAAAUUAUUAUAUGUACCUCUUGUUUUGAAAUGAUGGUGAAAGUGGUAGGCAUAUGUUAUGUUUGUCUGUAUGUUUUGGUUCAAUAUACAUGUGUAGCCUGACGGAUUUAAUGAAAUACUAUGUCGACAUGUUGAGCCGGUUCCCGGUUUACGAAAUUGGUCUGUUUCAUUUUAUCAUAAUUUGUUCCAGAAGUAAUAUACAUUCCAUAGAUCUUCUCAUUUUAAGUCAAACAUGUAUGACAUUGUUCUCUUUGAUGUACCGGUAGUGCUUAUAUAGGACUUGAUCUGUGGCCACUCAGUAGAAAACUCAAGUCAAUUCAACUCCAGAUAUUGUCUCAUUUUAUUGGUCCUUUUUGAAGUUUGUCAGUCGUUCAUUGUAUUUGUUUGUCUUUGUUCUGUUUGUGCUUUGUUGUGUGAUGAGAUUAACCACCGGUUUUGGAUGCGACAUAUUCCUGAUUUUGGAA